GCGCUCCGCAAAUCCAAUCAUUACUCUUCCCAUUCGUCCAAUGCCGCCCAAAAGACGCGCUCGCGAAGAGGCUGCAGCGGCUGUAGAUUCAGGCGAGGGGAGGCAGCAGCCAUCCUUCAAGCGCACGCUCCGCACGCGUCCUGCACCGGCUGCCACUAUUGCCGGUACGGCGACUGGGCCAGUCCCGUCCGAGCCUCAUCAGCAGGAGGAGAAGGAAGUAGGAAAUCUCGAAGCUCCUGUCCCCAAAUCGAAAGAGGGACCCCAGACCGCGGGCGUCACAGCUUCAACCAUCAUUGAUGGAAACGACCAACCCUUCCGCUCCUAUUGGCUAAUGAAAGCCGAGCCAGAGAGCAGAAUCGAGAAGGGAAAGGACGUCAAGUUUUCCAUUGACGAUCUCAGGGCAUGUGAGAAGCCUGCGGCCUGGGAUGGCGGUGUGUGACCACGUUUGAAUCUUGAUGGGGGGUGGGAUGAAUAGCAAGGGCGCUGUGGGAUUUUUGCUAACCAAUCAAUUAACUGCACCAUGCGACGAAUAGUCAGGAAUUAUGGUGCCCGUAACAACCUAAAAUCCAUGAAAAGGGGGGAUUUAGCAUUCUUUUACCACAGGUUUGUGCGCUCCCGAGUUUUUGCCAUCCUAAAAUGGGGAACAGCAACAAAAAAAGACUUUUGUGUUUUUUUUCCUCCCCCGCCCCCCAAAGGAUACAUGGAUUGUUUCCAAAAACGGGAAAGAAGUCUUGGUUCGCAGGGGCUAAAAUGUUUUAUUAUCCCAGCAACUGCAGAGAACCGGGAAUCGUAGGAAUCAUGGAGAUAGUGCAAGAAGCCACCGUGGACGGUAAGCCUUCCCUCCUCCUCCCUCUCGUCUCUUCCCCACUCCACACUCUGCACUACCGAUACCGGUAUCAUGCGCAACCCAACUUCCCUGCGAGCCCCCUCCCUCCUCCCCUUAUCAAAUUUCCCCGCAAACGUGAUCUCCACCAUGCCCUCCCCCCCCUCCCGUCAGAUCUUCCAUCCAUCCACCCCCCUCUCUCCCCAACCAAUCCAACCAACCACAGCCCCCGAUUCCUUGCCUCUGCUUCCCCCCCCCCGAUUAUUCAUACGAUGCUGGUACGCUACGCUCAGCUAUAAUCUCGUACGAUACGUUUUUUCUCUCUUUUCUUUCCUUUUUUUUUUCUUUUUAAAAAAUAAUCUUUUGGUCCUGCCACCCGCACACAUCUUAACCUGUUUAGCAGAAACCGCGUUCAGCCCUGAAGAGCCCUAUUACGAUCCGAAAUCUUCAAGGGAUAAUCCGAAGUGGUUCCUGGUGCACGUAGAAUUUCGCCGGAGACUGGAGAGGUUGGUAGGGUUGGCGGAGCUGAAGAGGUACGCGAGUAAGGAGCUUUCGGCCCUCCCGUUGCUGAGGAUGGGGAGGUUGAGUGUUUCUGCAGUGCCUGUGCAAUGUUGGGAAUUUAUCCUUUCCCUGGAGAAGGUGGAGGAG